AUGGACUCGCCUUUCCCUCCCUCAUCCUCCUCUCCUGGCGAUGGCCGCAUCGUCGUUGGCCUCCUCCCUGCCGGCGAGAGCGGUCUUGAGACCAUGACUUAUCAGUAUCCUUUGAAAUUAAUAUCCCCGGCUCCUUCGUCUAGCCAGCCAAGCACUCUCGUUUUCCUAUUAUCCUAUGGAGGGGGGCUUGUUGCUGGAGACGGGGUUAAUCUGACAAUACACGUCAAGCCGCAGGCGAAGCUCAGCAUCGCUACCCAAGGUCACACAAAGAUUUUCAAAUCGCCUACAGCCGAUGUCGUCACAACUCAAAACUUGGACGUUACCAUAGAAGAUGGUGCUUCCAUGUGUCUCCUUCCGGAUCCUGUUCAGCCGUUUGAGGAUAGUGUAUACGCCCAGAAGCAAAUAUUCAAGCUCAGAAGCCAAGCGUCGCUCUGUCUCUUGGAUUGGGUCACCCAAGGGCGUGUGGCUCGUGGAGAGAACUGGAGCUUCAGGAAAUGGACAGGGCGGAACGAGAUAUGGCUACAAGAUCCUCAAACAACUACGGCUGAUAGACUCUUGGUACGAGACUCAAUCAUCCUAUCGAGAGAUGCGAGUAAGUCCGUGGGCCGCACACUGCCAGAAAUGAUGCAGCAUAUGGCAAUAUCAGGAACCCUUAUAUUGCGAGGAUCCAAGACCAAAUCGUUGGGGGAAUUCUUUCGGAAUGAGUUCGCUGCACUUCCUCGCAUUGGAGCCCGGGACUUCCGCUCACCAGAAGCGAUGGCGCAAAGCAUCACAGAUGUUUCUGAAUUUGAGCGUUGGCGACUACAGAGACUCAAAGAGGAGAAAGAAGGUGGUGUCCUCUGGUCUGCAGCCAAUGUUCGAGGGUGCGUGGUUGUCAAGUUUGGGGCCAAAACGGUUGAAGCCGGAAGAGAAUGGAUUGGAUCAAUGAUUAUUCAGGAAGGGAGCAUUGCUUCUGAAUUCGGCGAUAAAGCACUGAUGUGUCUUCGAUGA